AUGGCCUCCCGUGAGUGGCCGCGCCUGGCAGCCGCAUGCCAGGUGUUCACCUGCAAUGAACCAACACCAGCUUCUUCCUGCUCUACCUCCUGGACCUAUAGGCCGAUGCGAGGAGGGGAGAAAGUGGAGUUCCCACAAGCCAUGUUUCCCGGGAUGCAGAGGGAGCAGCGCAGGCCUCCACCUCAUCACCUCCACCCUCCUCCUCCUCCUCACAGAGCAUGGGAUCAACUCGACAAGCAGUACGAUCCUCACCUCCCUCCUCAAGGCCACCCUGUGUUGUCCCUCCCCAACGAGCACUCGUUGCGGCUCUAUAAUGGGGGCUACGCAGGCGGGGGCGCGCCUCUCCUGAACCCACAUCUUCAUCCUAACCGACCUCUGCUGAAGGAGCAGCAUGUUCCCCGGGGUCCACCACUGCUGGGAGAUGACAUGCGGGCUCAGGUGCACCAGCAAAGAGGCUACCCAGGAAAAAUGCCAGCAGGUCCACUGAAGAGACCAGGCCCUCCUCUGGGGGAGCACUCAGUGAUUCAGCACACCCCUCCACCACCUCUGCACAUACCCGCCCAUCCCGUCUUGGAGGACUGCCCCGGCCCCAGCAAGAGGAAAAAGAGCUCAGAACAGGCACCCCACCCCGGACUGCAGCGGUUCUCCAACCAAUCAUCGGUGCUGUCUCAGCCACCACCGCUGCCGCCACCAGCUCUUCAACUCCCCCCAAAACCAGCUUUCUGGAACCCCAUUCACAAGGACAGUGGUGCUGUCUGGCAGCCGCAAACAUCGGACCGCAAAAACACACAAUCACAGGAGAUUCAGGACAACAAUAAACGAGGGAUGGACAGGUACACCACAAAGUCCUCCCCAAACUCCUCCAGCCCCUCGAAUCGCUCCCCUCCGGUAAACUCUGCCCCGGAAAGCUACAACCAAGGAUAUGCUCCUCACCUCCACAAAAACAUGCUACAACCUCAGGCCCGAACCCACCCCUCCCCUCACUCCUCCUACCCGAGUCCCAGCUCCAAAGUGGAGCUAGCGCUGUCCUGUCAGGCCGUGGACCCGUCUGCCCUCCACAGCCAGAGGAGCCCUCUGAGCGGGGGCCGAGGUGGCGGCCGCACGCCGACCACCCCGACCAGGGGGGAUCAGGACCGUCAGUCAUCACCAGCAAAUGCUUCUGCAACCAGCAACAAAAACAGCAGCAGCGUGCCUUACAGCCAUUUCCAGCCUCAUCCAGGGCUGGGACACCAGGGUGCUCCCCCGGCCCCGCCCCUUCCUCCCGCCAGCAGCACCUCAGUACCUCAGCAACAACAAAGCGGUCCCCACGACGCCUGGAGAUACCAGAGCCGCCUAAGCAGUCACUCCCUGGAGCCGGGCAUCUUCGUGCCUCCAGGUCUGCUACCUCACCCCCAGCAGAGCCACAAUCAGGUCGUAGACGGUCGACUUCCAGGUUUGUCCCAGCAUCAGCAUAAAGUCAGCCCCCCUCCCCCGCUGACCAACUCCACCCGGACACCUGUCAUCACAUCCACUCCCCCAAUGUCCCUGCCCUCCUGCACUGUCAGCCGCUACAGCAGCUCCAACAGUGUCUCUAUGGGGACCACGUCGCCCCCUGCUGGUUGCUCUGUGAACAGCAGCAAUAACAGCUGGCAGAGAGGAAAAGAGCCAAAGCCCCACGACUCCACCAGCGCUGACCCCGGCCCCAAAUCUCAGGUGGAUGCUCUGCUGCAGGGAGGCUGCCAGUCUCAACCCCAGGAGUUCAUAAAGCCCCACAAGCAGAAGAUGUCGUACUACGCUCAGGCUAAACCCGACCACCCUCCUCCUCAGUUUUCCUCCUCGGCUUUGUUCUCCUCAGGGCAUCACAGGGCAGAGGACAGCCCCAGAGGUUCUCCGCUCCACAAGCCCCGCCCCCUGUCUCUCAGUCGAUCGGAGACGUUUUGGACAAGCUUGAUGCGGAGCUAG